AUGAUGAAGUCCCGGCCAGGCGUCACGGUUCUACUGCUGCCCAUCGCCUUCUCCAUCAGCUUGGUUCCAGUGUGUAACGGAGCCGCAAUUGCUGUUUCGUGUGGAUCCAUCUACAAGAGUUUUGCUCAGUGUUUACUGACACUUGGAGACAGUUUGGUGGACAUGCAAAAAGACCAGGGUGUCCAGGAUAUAAGCACAAUCUGCAGGUCUUGGAAUGAGUUUCAUACUUGUGCCAACGUGGCCAUGUCAGGCUGUCCCAAAGAAGCAGCAGCAAUAUGGGAGUCCCUAAGACAAGAAUCGAGGAAGGCCCGGUUCUCCGGAAACCUCUAUGACUUGUGUGCCAGCCUCACCACCCUCGUACCCAGCACUGUGCCUGCUCCCCUUACUCCUCCCACCUCAGAUCAGACCAACCAAGAGACACUAAAGGGGAGAACAUAUCGAUGGAGUCCUUCUAUCACCACAAUCAUCCUUCCAACGUGUGGCGCUUUGUUAGUGCUGCUCAGGAUCUAG